AUGGAAGAAUUUCGGAAUUUGAGUAAUGAAUAUGGGUUCAGUGAGAAUUAUAUUUCAGCCAAUUUAGAUCACAACUUGGAUGAAGGUUUUGAGGGUGUUCCUUUGCAACAUAAUAGCCCAGAUUUCUCCUUCGGUUUAGCGGUUCCAGACCAUGGAAUUGGCAAAACAUCCCCUUCUGAGAAAGUUGAAGCACAAUUUAUGGAGGAGGCUUACUUCCACAAUCCUAAGCUCAAGUACAUAAACCAGGUGCUUAUGGAAGAUGAUGCUGAAGCUGAGGCAUAUUUUAUUGAAGAUUCCACUCUCCGUGCUGCUGAGAAGGCCCUUUAUGAUAUUCUUAAUGGCAUUCAUUGUCCAUCGUCCAGUGAACCAAUUCAUCAUCAGGAUUCAAUCAGUUUGGACGCUACCAUUUCUAAUAGUCCUGGCUAUUGUUUUAAUGGCCAUGUGAGUGCAAGCAACUUUGCCCAAACUGGUUUUACUAAGGAUUUCUGCUAUUCAUCCCACGUCCUAAAUCCUCCAGUUCAUAAGACCUUUAUGUCCAAAUCAUCACUAGACCGCACUCCAAACAACUCCUCUGAUUCGGUUGAUGGGCCAAUGCUGAUGAAGCCUCCCACUAAUGUACCAGUGGAUAGUCAAUUAAGUUUGCAACUCAAGUGGGGCAUGAGGGAAAAUAUAAGGAUUUCAAAGGGAAAAGACAAGUUUAAUUGCGACAAGGACGGGGCUACAUCAAAUUCCAAUGAUGGUAUCUUGCCAAAGGAUGGAAAGGUAGAAGGACGUAGCAAGGGAGCUAGCUACCCAAAGAAACAUAUCAACAUAGGGGAUCAUUUUGAUAUGAAGAAUCUUCUGAUGCUAUGCAUGGAAUCUGUGGCCAGUAAUGAUCAUAAUACAACAAAUAAACUACUAAAGCAGAUAAAGCAGUUGUCUUCUCCUUCAGGCAAUGUAUCUCAAAGGUUGGCACAUUGCUUUGCUAAGGGGCUUGAAGCUCGCUUAGCAGGAACGGGGAACCUAAUAUAUAGAAGUCUUACAACUAAGGAGAGGUCAACUUCUGAUGCUUUGGAAGUUUACAAACUGUGUAUUUCAGCAAUUCCCUUCACGAAUGCAUCGUAUUACUACGCAAUUCAAACAAUUUUGGAAUUUGCAAGGCAAGCAACUAGCCUUCACAUCAUCCAAUUCAGUGGUAGACGAACCAUUCAUUUUAUGCCCCUCAUUCAACAACUCUCUCAAAGACCCUGUGGCCCUCCGAAGCUUCGCUUCACUUCAAUAGACUUUCCUGAGCCAGGUUUCGAGCCAACUGCCAUUGUUGAACGAGAAAGGCGUCGUUGGGUAAACUACUGUAAGAAGUUUAACGUUCCCUUUGAAUACCAUGGUAUGACACAAAAAUGGGAAGCUGUUGACCCUGAGGAUCUAAAAAUUCACAAAGAUGAAGUGCUAGUUGUUAUGUGCUCAUACUUGUUUCACUAUGUUAUGGAUGACUCUUUUUUGGAGAAUAGUCCAAGGGAUGUUGUUUUGAAAUUGAUCAAGAGAAUCAAUCCUGAUGUUUUUCUCCAUGGUAUUUUAAAUGGCCCACUUAACUCCCCAUUUUUCGUCUCAAGGUUUCGUGAGGCUUUAUUCUACUUCUCUGUAGUCUUUGACAUGUUUGAGGCUACCAUGCCAAGAAAAAGUCCAACGAGGAUGAUGUGUGAGACUGAGAUAUGUGGGAAAGAAAUUUUGAAUAUCAUAGCAUCUGAAGGAUUGGAGAGGAUUGAAAGGAGAGAAACAUAUAAGAGUUGGCAAGUGCGAACUCUUAGGGCUGGGUUCAAGCAGCUUCCACUAAACCAGGAUAUCAUAAAGAAAAUAAAAGCUAAGGUGAAGGCUAACUUUCACAGGGACUUUUUUGUGGAUGAGGCCGCCCAAUGGAUGGUACAAGGUUGGAAGGGGCGGGUCCUCGAUGCUCUUUCUUGCUGGGAUCCAUCCUAG